GUGUGUGUUCUGGUGUCUUAAUGCCAGCUGUCAUUACGGAACUUAUCAAUUGACGUUUCAGUUUGAGAAACGUGGACAUUAGAGAAACACCUCCACCAAUUUCUACUUUCACAGAUUUAAGCGGUGAAAUAUCACUCGGAAAUCAAUCGAAAUGGGUCGAAGUGCCCUGCUCUUUUGCUCCCUGUUGGUCAUUUCCUGCGUGGCCGCCCAGGAUCUAGUUUCUAGAAUCGCCGAACCCGAUAAAGACAGUGUGGAUGCUGAUUCUGGCAAUACACUGUCGGCCAGCGAGCUUUUGGCGCAGUUUAACAGCGGGGACUUUGAUGACGAAGAAUUGGCGGCCUUUGAACUUAUUCGCGAACAUUCGGGUGACUUGACAUCAAAUCUCCCACCUGAAACAUGUGAGGGUAUCAAAACUGCUUAUCACUUUAAAGAAGAAGAAGCGUGCUUAGAGGCGUCCAAUAAGCAGUAUCGCCGACUCGACGGGGCUUGUAACAACCUGAAAAAUCCGAACUGGGGAAAAGCUAAGUGGCCGUUGAGGAGACUACGUAAACCUGUCUAUGCGGAUGGCUAUGAAGCGAUGAGAGUACAUAAGAGGCACCCCGAUGCUACCCUGCCGAAUGCUAGAGAAGUCUCAGUCAAGGUGGGCACCAUAGCCGAGGUAGAGGGCAAUGACCCCACAGGUUCGAUGCUCCUAGCCAUUUUGGGCCAGUUUCUCGAUCAUGACGUUACACACGCGCCUCAAUACAACCGAAAAUGCGAGGAAUGCCCAGCUGUAGAUUCUAAGUACUCCUGCUGCCCCAUUUCAGUUUUUGAGAAAGACGUUCUGUACGAAGGCAAAAUGACAUGCAUGGACUUGCCCCGUACCAUUGGCGUAGAUGCGCAUGACUGCAGCGGCUUCGAGGAGGUGUCCAUCACUAAGGAGCUAGUGGAGUCUGUCGUACCCGUGGUACCGCUGCCGCGUGAACAUCUUAACGAUAUUACCGCGUAUAUCGACGCAUCCGGGGUUUAUGGGUCUUCUGACGAACGGCUUGAGAAGCUUCGUGAUGCUAAGAGCUCCUCACGUUUGGCAACCCAUCAGCUAGGCGAUGCAAACCUACUCCCGUUUCUGCCACUGGACGAGGACCACCACGAAUGCCGCGGCACGCAGGGUGGAACAGUGAAAUGUGGGCUCGCUGGCGACGAGAGGGCUGCAGAACAGCCCACACUCACCGCGCUCCACACCAUCUUCGUCCGCCUGCAUAACAACAUCGUGAGUGAGCUUCAGCUCAUAAACGGUCACUGGGACGAGGAGCGACUGUUCAACGAGACAAGAAAGAUCGUUACUGGUGUGUGGCAGCAUAUUGUAUACAACGAGUACAUGCCAGCCCUUUUUGGUCCCGUAGCGACUGACCAUUUCAAGCUCUCUAUUAAGCCUGGUCGCAAGGAAGUCCCAGACUACAAUGAGAAUCUAAGUGCUACCAUGAGCAACGUGUUCGCUUCAGCAGCCUACCGUUUGGGACAUAGCCAGAUUCCGAGCGAGCUUGAGAUCCGUGAUAAUAAGCACUUCUCUCGGACCGCUGUUCCCCUCCAUCACGCCUUCUUUAACGCCUCUGCUAUGCACGAUGCAGCAAAUAAUGGGAUGAAUGGAUUUGUUCUUGGAAACAUCGCUCAGAAAGUGAACAAGGUUGACCGCCAUGUUACUUCAGCAAUUCAGGGCCAUCUCUUUGAGGAGGAGGAAGACGGAUUCGGUUUGGAUCUCCUUGCAAUGAAUAUUCAGCGUGGACGCGAGCAUGGCAUCCCUUCUUAUGUGGAGUACCGUGAGAUGUGCACACCUAAACGACCAAAGAUAGAAUCUUGGGACGACCUUAAAGGAGUGUUUCUGGAUGAUGGUCUCCUUGACGAACUCCAGGAGCUCUACGGGGAAGAUGGAGUGCGCGAAAUUGACGCGUUCAUCGGCUUCACGAACGAGAAGCACAUGCCUGGAGGUCGAAUUGGCCAUACCCUCGGUUGUCUGCUCGGCGACCAGUUCAAGCGACUUCGUCUUGGGGAUCGUUUCUGGUACGAACGGAAUGCACCGGAGGGUUUCACAGACAGUCAGUUGGACGCUAUCAAAGGCACGUCACUGUCACGUGUUCUCUGCGACACCCUGGACGGUAGCGAGAAUCUCUCCAUCCAGCCAUAUCCCCUGUACACCCCGACAUGUGACACUAAGAAGUUCAAGAAUGAUAUACCAUGGGCACAGUUCAGCAUGGAGAAUCCCUACCCUGAGUUUAAAACCCUGACGUUGCCCAACUUUUCCAACCACCGUGUUCCAUGCUCUGACGAAUCUGAGAUUCCCAAAUUGAACCUCAACCCCUGGAAGGAAGGCGGUGAAGAGAAAAAGAUAAUUAUCUGUGAGCACAAGUCGGCUACAAUCGAUUGCGGAGAUGGCAGUAUCAGCAUUUCUACCGCUGUCUACGGACGAACUGACAGCACAACCUGUCCUCACGACCAAGUAUCAGACACGGCUUGUGGAGUAGACCUAUUGGAUGUUCUCGGUCCAGAUUGUAACGGCCGAAGCCAAUGCGGAAUUAUAGCAAAGAAUAGCCUUGCCGGUGAUCCAUGCCGAGGAACAUUUAAGUAUCUUGAGGUUACUUACACAUGCUAAGUAGAGCCAGUACCGGUAGAUGUAGAGCCAGUACCGGUAGGUGUAGAGCCAGUACCGGUUCUUAAAGAGACGAUCGCCCUCC